AUGGACGACAGCUAUAUCCUUGGGGAAGAGCUACCUCUUCCCACAGAACGCCUAUUCGAGCGCUUGGCACAGAUACCUGGCUACGUGUGGGACCAGAAUUCAAGACCCUUUCGCUCAUCCUACGACCACUGGCAUGUUACAGGCGUCAGACUUGCUCCAGAUUCUGAUACCCCCAUCUUCAGCCCUUCCAAUUUCUCUCGAUCCAAAGAUUUCUCCUCCUCGCAUACCUCUCCCAGCUUCGAAAACAGAUACCACUCUCGACACCACUGGCGAAAUAGCCUCAGCGAAUCGAGCAGCGAUGUUUCGUCCUCCCGUAACGAUGAUGAACACGAUCCUGCGUGGAUACCCGUUGUGGCUCGCAUCUCAAGCCAUGUCAUCAGGCUAGAACGCGAGUUCCACACUCUAAAGUCGAUUAUUCAGAUGUCGGAUCCGGAAUGCCAGCAUACCGUCCGUCCUAUUGAUAUGAUUCGUAUGAAUCCUCAGCCGGGGGAUCGAGGACCGUUAUUGGUCACUAUUUAUGAGGCACUGGGUCCAAAUUCCCUGAGAGAAUUUGUAGGCUUUGGGCCCUCGUUUUUCUGCGUACAUGGUGGAGGCAGCAUGACAGAGUCGUCAACUGCGGGGAUCCAGGUCCCCAUUGCGACUUUCUUGGACUUUGCCAUCGGUGCCUGCGAAUGUCUGGAGUUGUUACAUUACGGACUGAAAUGCAUACAUGGAGAAAUCAGACCUGAUGCUUUCCAUUUCAACUCCGAGGCAGGCACCGUGAAAAUUGUGACUACGGGAAAUGGCGCUAGAUCCUUCGAUAAUGCACUAAGUGAAGGAUGGUCGAUUUUGUCGCGCGAGUUGGGCGUGAAAAAUAAGCUACAGUUCAUAGCACCAGAACAAACUGGGAGAUUACCAACGGAGCCCGAUAGUCGUACUGAUAUAUACGCCCUUGGUGUGAUGUUCUGGUCGAUGCUUGUAGGACAACCUGCAUUCGAAGCCAGUGAUCCUGUAGAAGUGGUGCAAAAUGUUCUUGGGAAACAAUUACCUAUGGUAUCUCACAAAAGGAUGGAUGUGCCGGACGCAGCCUCCGCUGUUAUACAAAAGAUGACCCAAAAACAGAUCGAUGAUAGAUACUACACGAUCUCCUCGGUGAAAUGGGAUCUUCAACAAAUCUCAAGGCUGCUCGGAGAUGGUGAUCGUGAGGGACUGAAGAAUUUCGUCAUAGCCCAACGCGAUGUCUCUUCAUUCUUUGCACUGCCAGCAACUAUGUUUGGCAGGAAAGAAGAGCAUGAAAAGAUCCUCGAAAUUAUCCACAAAGUCCAGAAACGUCAGCAGGCUAUUAUAACGCAAGCCUCUUCCAAGUCAAAUAUUUACCCUCUUUAUGCCCUUAGUUCAAACUCGUCUCUUUCCGAUAGUCGCUUAGAAGGUCUCGAAACAGGAGAUGGCUCGAGUGACUCUGGAUCAUAUGGUAUCGCCGGCUCAAAGACCAAUUCUACAGCUGCGCCUUAUAUUUUCACACAUACAUCAAUGCAAGACUUGAACCGUAGUGGAGAUUCCUCCUCAAGCCAAAAAACGCUCCUUAUCUCCAAUCGAGUUAAAAGCUCUAUUGAUUUGAGGACUGGCGGGGAUGCCAAUGAUCGUGAAGGCCUCGUGUCUUCCAGUCUGGUUAGUCUCGGCCAAUUCGAUUCACUUGCAAGUCUAGGGCGGCGGAAAGUAACGGCAAAAUACCGCCAAAGUGGACGUUGCGAGGUGAUAAGCAUAUCGGGAGUUGCUGGCCUUGGAAAAUCAGAUUUGAUAAACCGACUACAGCCGGAGAUCCGUAAGAAUGGUUAUGUUGCCGUUGCCCGUCUAGAUCGCUCGCGAAGGAUCCCUUUCGAACCGUUUUUUAAAAUUCUUGCCAGUCUUCUACGUCAGAUUUUUUCAGAACGUGACGUUUCUUCUGAAUAUCACACCUCAAUACGUUCAACGCUACAGCCUAUAUGGUUAUCCCUCCAUCGAGUACUUGGGCUGCCAGAAAACUUGAUAUACUCCCUAAAACAAACCAGCCAACCUGUGAACUUCUUGAAGUCCGUUAGCCCAUUACCUGCACUUAAGGAAGGGCCUGAGGGAUCAUUCCAUGCCAAAAAUGCAGAGUUUAUCAGUCUAAGUGCCGGUCAGACAUUUAAGGAUUUCUAUAAUGACCCGUCGUCGAGUGCAAUGCUCAGAUUCGCCGAUACACUUCUUGAAACCUUGAGGGUUAUGUCAUUCCAUAAAUUGAUAUGCGUGUGUUUAGAUGAUAUUCAAUAUGCCGACGCCGAAAGCGUUCAUUUGCUACUCGAGAUUAUCAAUAAAAAGAUCCGAUGCGUUCUUAUGAUCACAAGUCGACCGGAAGAAAUAAACUCACCGGAAUUAAAGGCACUUUUUCAGACCGACAUGGCCAAUGUUACCAGGAUAGAAUUGGCCCGGCUGAGUGAGCAUGAAGUUCUCGAAUAUGUGGCUGCCACGAUGCACCAAGCUGCUAGCAAGGAACUUCUACCCCUUGCCGCUGUUGUUUUAGAAAAGAGUCAGGGAGUUCCAUUUUACAUGCGCAUGAUGCUCGAGACCUGCUAUCAGAAAAACUGCCUUUGGUAUUCUUGGAGAGAUUCUGCUUGGCAGUACGACUUGGACAGGAUAUUCUCCGAAUUUGUUGCUCCGAGUUAUGGUCAAGGCAUUGGAAUAGAUUUCAUUGCUAAACGAUUUCAGGAACUUCCCUCGGAAUCCCGCUCAAUCUUAUUGUGGGCUGCGUUGUUGGGAAGUCCAUUCUCUUUCACGCUAGUUCAGAGAUUACUCUCUGGAGAGUUUCUAUACUCCCGGGGCGGAGAGGAUGAGGAAGAUAUAACUUGUCCUCGUCGAACCCCUCUGACUCAGACUAAACGAGGCAUUGUUUCGGGCCUUCAGCACUUACUUCAACUAUACAUUAUACUCCCAGGCGAAACUGAUGAUGAAUUUAGGUUUGCUCAUGAUCGCUAUGCUCAAGCGGUUACAACUAUGAGGGAGUGCCAUAACCAAGAGAAGAUGCAUUUUAUUGCUGCGCAGACCAUAAUGAAAUAUGGCCCAACUGACAGUGCUUCACUAUAUUCGAGAGCUCAACAUAUUCGCUCCGCAGCAAGAUUAAUCAAACAACAAGUUCCUGAGCGGAUAAAAUAUCGAGAUGCUUUAUACCACGCUGCCCUCACUGCUUCCCGAUCUGGAGCGAAAUCUACCGCUCUAAGCUAUUUUCAAGCUUGUCUUUACCUUCUCCAAGAUGAUCCAUGGGAUAUCGAUGCAAGAGAUGUUUACUACGACGAAACACGAGAACUCCAUAUCCAAACAGCAGAGAUGUUUAUAUUUAAUGGAAAGCCCGCCGAAGCCAUGGAUAUACUUUCCAUCGUCUUUGAACGUGCACACACACCUUCAUGCAAAGCGAGAGCAUGGACUUUGAAAAGUAGGAUACGCGCACAAGUCGGUGAUAUUUCCGGCGCCCUGGAGGCGCUGCUCACAAGCAUGGAAGAGCUGGGCGUGAAAAUCAACAGGUCCAGCUCUUGGGAAGAUUGCGAUGAGUCGUACGCGAAACUCAGUGCGUAUCUGAAAGCAGCUGAUCUUGAUGUCGUUUUUUCUGCACCGCUUAGUGAAGAUCCGUCUUUGAUUGCCCUGGGAGCAUUGAUGGGGGAGGCCAUGGGAGUGUGUAUCUGGGGAGAGCCGUUGACAUUUCUCCAGCUUGGUAUUGAGAUGAUGAAUAUUUAUCUAUUUCGCGGAUCGUUUGUCCAAAUCGCCUACCUUUGCACUUACAUAGCCAUGAUUGCUAUGAGUCGAUACAAGGAUCUAGAUCUUGGUAUUAAGCUUAGCAAUGCUGCAGUUAAGUUCAUGGAGAGUUACGAUGAACCAUGGAUUCCAGCUCGAGCUGUUACCGCCCAUAACUUUUUUGUCAAUCAUAUGAGGGUGCCUAUGGCUACGACGUUACCACUUCUCGAGGGUUCGACGGAAGCUGCGUUUUUGAUGGGUGAAAGAUACUUGAUUCUCAUGAACAUAUCCGCAAUGGUAUUCACUCGUUUUUGUCUGGGUCAUGAUUUAGGUGAGCUGGAGGCUCUGUGCAAUUAUGGUCCAGAAGAACUUUGCGAUUGGGAAAACGACCCACGUGGAGGGGUCUAUAUCAUCUCUGUCCGACAAGCCGCCCGCGCUCUUCAAGGGAAGACUUUUACCCACUCCGCAGAUCAUAUACUAUCCGACGGACAGCACGACAGUGAGAAGUACCUUGCUGCUCAUAAAUUAAACUCUCACACCUUAAAUAUGUAUCGUGCGAUGAGCGUCAUACCCCUCUACCUUUACGGGCAUCAUGAAAAGGUGGUGGAGAUCGCCACUGAAAUGACAAAGACUCUGCCCGGUCUCUGGUCCCUUCGUGCUUCCACUCAUACGUUAUUUUACCUUUCGCUAGCACUACUCAGCCUCCACAUUGAGGAUCCAUCACGACCUGGACGCGAAGACGCCAUCAGGCAGGCCAUCGAGUACAAAGAGGAGAUUGACUACAAAGCCAGCGCUUGCGACGCCAAUUAUGGUAUGUGGUCAUUGAUUCUGGAAGGUGUACUUUGUGAGGCAUCGGGGAAUUUCCAGAAAGCCCUUCCAGCCUUCGAAGCGGCACUCGACCAUACCCAGUUGCAUAACUGGCCUCUGGAGGAAGCGCUCGCUCUCGAACUCCAAGUCGACUUCCUUGUUCGCCGUGGCGUUAAGCGGGCUGCACAGUAUUUGUUGCGGCAAGCUAUUACCUCAUGGAAUACCAUAAGCGCAACAGGGAAAGCUAGACAGCUUUCAGAAAAAUAUGAAUGGCUCCUAAGAGUUGGACCCCCCACCUCAAGGGUCAGUAACGCGGCUUGUCAAACUAUUGAUUCAGUAAUCAAUGUCCCCACGAGAAGUGCGGAGCCAUCAACGAACCCAAUGAAUGGACAACUUGAAGAUCAGCGCAAUCGGGAAUGGCUAGAGGAGAACGAGGAACGUACUGAUCAGCACUCUCUGGACAUAUCUGGGCUCGGCUUAGAUAUAAUCGACUUGUCAAGUAUCCUUGAAUUUAGUCAGGUCAUGUCUUCCGAGUUGCAUAUAGACAAACUACUGAAAAAAAUGGUUGGCAUAAUACUCGAGUCCUGCAGCGGAUCAGAAAUUGCCCUCGUAAUCACAGAUUUCGAACCAUAUGGCUGGCUGGUUGCCGCUGCUGGUGACCAAGAAAACGGAGAGGUUGCUUUCUCCGAUGGGCUUCCGUUUUCUGAAGUUGAGGAUAAAAUGGCGCAGCAAAUCACACAUUAUACUCUGCGGACGAGAGAGCCGGUUCUGGUCCAUAACGUUAUUGACGAUGAACGCUUCUCCAACGUCAGUGAUGCGUACGCGGCUCGAAACCCUCAAGGGAGAUCUGUCAUCGCACUACCUAUCAUCCAAGCCAAAAACCUUCUUGGUGUCAUCCACAUCGAAGGUAAACCGAAUUCGUUUACACAGCGUAAUUUGGUUGUGUUGCGUCUUGUUUGUAAUCAAAUCGGGAUAUCGCUGGCGAACGCUUUCCUCUAUCGAAACGCCAGUAAAGUUAGUGCCGCAAAUGCUGCUAUGGUUGAGGCGCAAAAGCGUGCUUUGGCGCAUGCCAGAGAAGCGGAACGAAAAUCCAAAGUUGCGGAAGCGGAAGCUAAGCAUAACGUUAAGCUCAAGGAAGAUGCUGCUAAGGCCAAGUCAAUUUUCCUGGCUAACGUUUCCCAUGACUUACGCACGCCAAUGAACGGAGUUAUAGGUUUAACAGAAUUACUUAAGAAGACCAAUCUGGACCGCGAGCAGAACGGCUAUGUCGAAUCCAUUCGCGUCUGCGCAGAUACUUUAUUAACUCUAAUCAAUGACAUUCUCGACUUCUCCAAACUUGAGGCGGGUAAAAUGAAAGUUGCGGCCAUUCCGCUCAACCUCCGGGACACUAUCAUGGAAGCUGUUCGUGCUCUUUGUUUUACGCAUCGCCACCGCGGGCUUCAGACGAUCGAGGAUUUGGAUGAGCUUGAUCCGAAUUUGCUGGUUAUGGGAGAUCCUGUUCGUCUCCACCAGAUAUUCAUGAACCUGCUGAGCAACAGCUACAAAUUUACACCACAAGGUUCAGUUACAGUGAAAGCCAACGCUUCCGAUGAAGAGGACGGCCGCAUCCGUAUUACUUGUAAGGUUGUUGACACCGGCAUUGGAAUUCCCGGUGAGCAAUUGGUCCGGCUUUUCAGGCCAUUCUCCCAGGCCGACAGUUCCUCUGCGAGAUCUUUUGGAGGAAGUGGGCUUGGAUUGAGCAUUUGCAAAGCGAUAAUAGAAGAUGUGCUUGGCGGCAAAAUUUGGCUGCAAUCUGAGGAAGGAGUGGGCACGACUGUAACUUUUACAUUGGUCUUUAGCAAAGCCCCGAAGGGUGCGGUUGUGAAGACCCAUUGGUCUCAAGACGGCUCGCGAGAGAAGACACAGACCGGCAUAAGGUCUUCAAUACGGGAUCUCAAAUCUAUCCCCCGCACCGGGAUUCGCGUGUGCGUCGCUGAGGAUAACCCAAUCAAUCAAAAAAUCGCAGUCACUUUCGUUAGAAAUUUGGGUUUGGAGUGCGAGGCAUUUAGCGAUGGUCAACAAGCUGUAGAAGCUCUCAGAUAUGCAUCUGCGGAGGGAAACCCGUUCCAUCUUGUCCUAAUGGACGUGCAGAUGCCUGUGUUGGACGGAUACAACGCGACGCGCAGAAUCCGCCAAGACCCAGACCCGAACGUCAAUGACAUUCUCGUUAUAGCCAUGACUGCCAGCGCGAUCGAAGGGGAUCGCGAAAAGUGCAUAGAUGCCGGCAUGAACAAUUACCUCGCUAAACCGGUUAGGUCUGACGUACUCAAAACAAUGCUUAAUUGCUACCUCUCUCCCUUACUAGAAUCAGAAGUCCCAAUGCGGUCCCUGCGAUGGCGUAAGCCACCGCCUAUACAACUUCCACACCAAGCUUCUGUUAAAGAGGAACAAUUGCAGGACAGCGACAGCAAUUCCAAUUCUAAUUCGAUGAUGACCAUUCGGAGAAACCCGGGGGAUCUUUAUGCAAUUAUGCGGAAUGGUAAUCCGAAGCCACCUCAUAGUCCGCCGCUGGGCACCAGCAUCAGUUCUGAGCAGGCGACUUCGUCGUCGUCGUCUGCUGUAGAAUCUGCUGCUGCCUCUGCUGUUUCUGAGGGCACUGCCAUUAAGAUGAACGGGCGUGAAGAAGGGUCAGCGUCUGUGGAAUGA